CGAGCGGCCACGGCACACGGCGGACGACGACGAUGCACGGCGUUAAAGGGUCGCAGACGAUGAGACGCAGGCAGCGUCGCAGGAAAUGGCCCCUGCAAUUGGGCCUCUUCCUGAUGUACGUUCUCGUGCAGUUCGCCACUUCCACCACGUCGCCGAAACCCACGACGACGACAGCGUUGUCUAAUUUCAAGAUAGAGGAAACGACGAUCUUUGAGAAGAACGGAGAGAUAAUCAAGGAGAGGAUAGAAGUUAUGAAGAACACGACGUUCGACGAAAAAACGGGUAAAAUAAAAGAAGAGGCUGAAGUCACAUUAGAAAAGACUUCAGUGUAUAACAUGACAACGACGCUGCCGCCGAAGGAAAGCCAGAAAGAGAAUACAACAGAGAAACCUGUUCCGACAUCCGUCCCUGGUAAAAAGGAAAAUCAAUCGAAGGAAAACGAGACGUCUUCAUCGAAGCACAAUCGAAGCACCACCACCUCCACCUCCAUCACAACUACAACCAGUCCGACCGCUCAGAUGACCACGACGAACUACCCGUACCCGACCUUGAGACCUCGGAGAACGAAUUGCACGGCGCCCGCGAUAGAACAGUUUCCGCGACCGCUGAUGGGUCCCGAGGCUCGGAAACACGGCGGACUCAUAAUACACAUCGUCGUUGCCUUCUACACGUUUCUGGGCCUAGCUAUCGUGUGCGACGACUACUUCGUCUCGAGUCUCGACAGAAUCUGCGAAGAAUUAAGACUGUCUCCCGACGUCGCCGGAGCGACUUUCAUGGCGGCCGGUUCUUCCGCGCCCGAAUUAGCGACGGUGAUCAUCGGCGUGUUUUUCGCCAAGGAUGACAUCGGAGUGAGCGGCGUUAUCGGUAGCGCCGUGUUCAACAUAAUGUUCGUUAUAUCGAUCUGCGGCCUGUGCACGUCAACGGCCACAAAGUUGAACUGGUGGCCUCUCUGUCGAGAUUGCUUUUUCUACGCUGUCUCGAUUCUCGUGAUGCUCGGCACUAUCUUCAACGAUUCCAUAUCUUGGUUGGAGUCACUGUUUAUGUUGGUCAUGUACGGGGUCUAUUGCGUGGCGCUUUCGUUCAACGCUCAGUUGGAACGUUGGGCGAAGUCGUACAACAUUCCGUUUUUGCCUAAGGACGACGAGCCCGCCGAAGAGAGCGCCCUGGUGAGCUACAGGUCCUUGCAAGAGGAUCGACUAUCCUACACCGGUCCCAACUCGCCGGUUAACGAACAAAUGAAGAGUCAAGAAGGAAACGGCAUUCAAGAAACGACCGAGCAGCAGCAGCAGCAGCAACAACAACCACAACAACAACAACAACAACAGCAGUCGGCACCGAAACGACCCGAGUAUUACAAAGCGAAGGAACCCGAUCCCAACGAAGUGUCGCCUCUCGUGAUGCCGACGGACGGCAACAAAUGGACCCUGUUCAGCUGGGGCCUCGUGUACCCCAUUCACUACAUGUGCCGCGCGACGAUGCCGGAUUGUCGACAGGAGAAGUGGCGAAGCUGGUAUCCCUUCACCUUCUGCAUAUCGAUGAUCUGGAUCAGCUUCUACAGUUAUAUAAUGGUGUGGAUGAUCACGAUCAUAGGAAGCACUUUGGGUAUUCCCGACACUGUGAUGGGCUUGACUUUCGUUGCCGCUGGCGUGAGCGUGCCGGACGCUCUCUCUUCGCUGGCGGUCAUAAAGGAAGGCCUAGGUGACAUGGCGGUCAGUAACGCUGUGGGCAGCAACGUCUUCGACAUUCUGGUGUGUCUCGGCCUCCCGUGGUUCAUACAAACCGCCAUGAUCCACCCCGGCUCGCACGUGAACGUUACCAGCAGAGGUCUGACGUAUUCGACCGUUUCUUUGUUGUCGACGGUGAUAUUCCUGGUGGUAGCGACGCAUCUAAACGGCUGGAAACUGGACCGACAAUACGGCCUGAUACUGAUGGUCUGGUACUUGAUAUUCAUCGUGUUCGCGUCGCUGUACGAGCUCAACAUCUUCGGCGAGAUGAAUCCCCCAGUAUGCCCCAGCCAGUUCUAAUGCGAAAGAGAUCGCCUCGCUCGUUUCCGACCUUUUGCUUUGCUCAAAGAAAUCGCGAUCCCGCAGCG